AUGCAGCUGUUUGGAGCGAUCCCCUACCCCCAGGGCAUGAAGGAAUCCACGCACACGAUUACCUCGCUCGACGGAAGCAGCAUUGCGGUGCGUCGUCUCCUCCCAGUAUCGGCGGGCACCCAGCCCGGUGCCCAGCGGGCAGCCGUCUGGGCCUUUGGGGGUGGGUUUUUCUCGGGGAGCGUGGAUGUUUGCGUGCGCGUAGCUGCCGAGUUGGCCGAGAUGAGCCAAACGCAAAUCUUCGCAGUCGACUAUCGUCUCGCUCCCGAGAACCCGUUUCCCAAAGCAGUCGAGGACAUGUACGCCACAAUCGUUUGGCUACAAGCCAAUGCCAGCUCGUUCAAUGUGGAUCCGUCCCGCAUCGUGGUCGUCGGCCAAAGUGCAGGUGGAGGGCUUGCCGCCGGUACUGCUCUUAUGGCCCGGGACAAAGGGCUCGAGCCUCCACUUGCUGGCCAAAUCCUGAAGUAUCCCAUGCUCGACGAUCGCACGACAAUCGACGAAUCCUCACCGCUGUGGAAGCAUCUCAGCUGGACGGUCGAGUUCAAUGACAUGGCCUGGAAUGCUUAUUUGGGUGCUGAAAGGAACGAUGAAAAUGUCUCUCCAUACGCAGCCCCGGCAAGGGUCCGGGACGUAAGCAGGCUGCCGCGUACUUUCAUCGAUGCGGGGGGGCUGGACCUAUUUAGAGAUGAAAACGUUGCUUAUGCUGCUAGGCUCGCUGCAGCUAACGUUGAUGUCGAGUUCCAUCUAUAUCCUGGGGUGCCACAUGGUUACGAUGGCAUGGCAAUGCAGAUCAGGGUUACGAAGGAGGCCAAUGCUAACCUCAGUAGAUUCCUGUCUAGGGUCUAG